GUCCAAAGGUGACUUACGUGCCCCCUCCUCCACCUGACGAUGAACAAGCCAUCUUUGCACAUUAUCGGACAGGAAUUAAUUUUGACAAGUAUGAUGAAAACAUCGUCCAGGUGUCAGGACUUGACCCUCCAGCGCCAUUACAGGCUUUUGAAGAGGCUGACCUCUGUCAGACUUUAAACAUUAACAUUACUAAGGCUGGAUACUCUAAGCUUACUCCAGUGCAGAAGUACAGCAUUCCCAUUGUCCUGGCAGGACGGGAUUUAAUGGCAUGUGCCCAGACAGGGUCGGGCAAAACGGCAGCUUUUCUUCUGCCGAUCGUGGCCCACAUGAUGAGAGAUGGCGUAACUGCCACCAGCUUUAGAGCGCAGCAAGAGCCGGAAUGUAUUAUUGUGGCACCAACUAGAGAACUGAUAAAUCAGAUCUUCCUAGAAGCAAGGAAAUUUGUGUAUGGAACUUGUAUAAGGCCUGUUGUGAUCUACGGAGGUACGCAAACAGGCCACUCAAUCUGUCAGAUAAUGCAAGGCUGCAAUAUCCUGUGUGCCACUCCAGGAAGGCUUCUAGACAUCAUUGGAAAAGAGAAG